AAUCCCGUGUGAUUGUAGAAUUGAUCUCACGCAUGAUAUCUUUGUAUCACGAAAAAACAGACAGACGACCACGGCAGACCACGACAGACAUUCCACGCAUACUAGUCUGUGCCCCAUCAAACAACGCAAUAGACGAGAUAGCGAAUCGUCUUCUAAUUGCACGUGAUUCGAAAAUAGGAUAUGACGUAAUACGGAUCGGUGUUAAAGCGUCUAUGCAUCCAGACGUUCAGAAGAUUUCUCUUGACAAACUUUCGGAAAAUAAACAACGUGCUGAUGCUGCUACACGAAUUUCCCCAGAAAGUGGCAAACUUCAGACUUUGUCUGAAAAAUUGAAAAGUCUUCGACAAGAAAUGGAUAAUUUAAUAACUUUACUUCGUACUCCUUCCAAGAUUUUUAUUGUUUUAUUUUCAUUUAUUGAGGCUAGUCUAGUUUAAUAAUGUUUUUCAUCAUUUUUUGUAUAGAUGGGACUUUUGGAUGAAGCCGAGAAGGAAAUGCAUGGUAGUAGGUUAGAGGAAAUGAAUGAUCAAAUUGAAGUAGUGCAAAGGUCUUACAAUGAAAGCAUAUUCCAAUAUUUCAAUUCCAAGAAAGAGCGUCUUGGAAUUAGAAGACAUUUGCUUUCUCACGCUCAAAUUAUAUGCUCUACUUUAAACUCCUGUCGGAGUAGAGAAAUGGAGGAGCUUUUUUUGGAGCACCAAGGAAGUUCUCCAUUCCUCUGUUGCAUUCUUGAUGAAGCGUCCCAAUGCACCGAGCCGGAGGCCAUAACGCCACUUGCUUUUGGCAUAACUAAGCUAAUCUUGAUUGGGGAUACAAAGCAAUUGCCAGCAACUGUUCUUUCUAAGGUUGCCCAAAAGAAAGGAUUUGCACAGUCUCUUUUCAAUCGCUUCUGUUCAACUAGAGAUUUACGUGAUGAAAAUAAGGAUGGUGUCAUUAUGUUGACGACGCAGUACCGAAUGGCUUCAUCCAUAUGCGAGUGGCCUUCGAGGUAUUUCUACGCUGGAAAAUUAGAAACUGAUGAGCAUCUUAUAAGGAACGGACCCUGUCACGAGUAUAGAGUGCUAAACGUUGUUGAUGGGCAAGAACUUCCUGAGGAACAAAGCUUUAUGAACCAGCAAGAGGCCGCUGUGGUGGCCAGAAUUGUGAGGUUGUUCGUGGUCUCUCGUUUGACCCGUUGGAAAUCUAUUGGCGUUAUCACUUUCUAUAAAAGUCAGAAAUUAUGCAUCAUAGAUCAACUAAAAAAGUGGGCAUCAAAUCAAAUUGCACCGCAUCAACAGUAGAUGUGAACACCGUCGACAGUUUCCAAGGGAGAGAGAAAGAUAUAAUCGUCAUUUCAUGCGUCAGAGCAUCAUCACAGGCAGAAGAAAAUCUCGUCGGAGUAUCGGGUUCAUCACCUCGUUAUCAAGAAUUAACGUAUCCGUAACCCGUGCCAAGGAAACGCAUGGUAAUUUGUGGGCAUUUUCUAACGUUGCAAAGGGAUGGGACCUGGCGGGAUUUGAUCAGCGAUGCUAGUAGUCGAAAUGUUGCCCACGAUGUUAGCAGGCAUUCUUCGUCUGAAGACUUACGUUCUGUACUCAUGCGUGCAGCAGCCAAUGAGUCUACUAUUGUUAAUCAAGUCGUUCAUCAGCAAAUGGUGGCAUCCUUCUCUCGACAGUCUGGGAUGGACUUAAAUUGGUCAUUGAAGUGUUUGAUGGACAGCGGGUGGGUUUACGAUAGUGCCGCCUAUCGUUUCAAUUUGCUCAAAAGAACUUUCAAGAUCCCACUAGCAGCUUUCAUGAAACCUGAGCAACAGCAGCAACAAAUGAUAGCAUCCUUCUCUGAACAGUCUGGGAUGGACUCAAAUUGGUCAUUCAAAUGUUUGGAAGACUGUGGGUGGGAUCAUGACGUCACUCGGCGGAAUAAACUAGACGUCGAUGAUUGAAUUAACAGAAUGUAUUGAGUCGUGUCAAGUAAUGGAGGGGCCUGAGUAGCGGGUGUGCAACUGUGCACUAGGCCUCAGUCGUGUAUCUACUGUGUGUCGAUCAGACAAAGGGUAAACUCAAGGGGAGGAUGGGAGGCUGUCAAGUAGCCGACGGGCAAUAUACAAUGUUGCAAUAUCGCAAGUCAUCACAACGAUCGUGCUGCAUAUGUUUUCAUUGAGUUCAAAGCUGCUGGGAAGAUUCCGCUAGAAGCGUUCGUCAAAUAGCUACUCGGUAUGUCGGUGAUAUUUCUCUUGAAUAUUCUUUUAAUUCUGCACUUUGUAAGUUUAAACAUUCAUUCUUAAUAUUUUAUA